UCUCUCUCUCUCUCUCUCUCUCUCUCUCUCUCUCUCUCUCUCUCUACUUACAGGCUUCAGAAUACAAACCUUUCAGAGAGCUUUACUCAGUGCAGAAACCAACUUGAUAUGGAUGAAUCUCAGGAUUCAGGACAGCUUUCCAAGGGUAAUGAAGAGGCUCCUGCAGAGCUGGCUCUGAGGGAAGGAGGCGAGGAGAACAACAGUUCUGGGAGCUGUCAGCUCUCCUCUGAGAUGAAAGCCCAGAUGCCGCCCCUGCCGCCCCCGACGACUUGGACAUCUGCUGCCCUGAAGGAGCUGAAGGCGAAGCUCCGGGCGGAGAAGGACAGCGUGGUGACGGUGUACCGAGGCGACAUCAUGACCGUCCACGUGCCCAUCGUCCCCGAGGCCAAAAAAGUGUGCUGGGAGUUCGCCACGGAUGGCUACGACAUUGGCUUUGGCAUUUAUUUCGACCCGUCUCCUGCGACGAGCAGGGCCAUCACGGUGCACAUCAGUGAGUCGAGCGACGACGAGGACGAAGAGGAGGAACCGGAAGGACCUCUGAGCAAUGACGACGUCGAAAGAGGCUCCAAGAGUCAAACCAAAUCAAACUUGGCCGAACUCCUACCYGUGUACCGUCAGGAGAGCCAUUUGUCCGUCCACGGCGGGAGUCACGAGUUUCCAGGUGAAGGCACUUACCUGUUCAAGUUUGACAACUCGUACUCCCUUUGGCGGAACAAAACUCUCUAUUAUAAUAUUUAUUACAGUGCCUGAGACGCCAGCGUGUUGCUCGUGAAUGUUUGAUUUAUGGAAGACUAUUACUCUUACGGACUAUGAACUAUUUUUGAUUUUACACUUAGAGAGAGAGAAAAAAUAGAUUAAAAUAAAACAAAAUAUAUCUAUUUUUAUCUGUUUGUGUCCAAUACAUGUGUGGUUAGUUUUUAUUGCAUCACCUGCUUAAGUGGCUUGCUAGAAUAUAUUUAAAGAGGACUUGCCUAUGUGCCAUAUUCCCGUUUCUGCGCUGUGCUGUUUGGUCAGGCGCCCAUCAUAAAAGCUAUAUUGUCUCGAACUGUAACAUUUCUAUGGUAGCAGCGAUCAGGGAACACCUGCACACCAGGCCAGGUGAUUAAUCAAACAUGCUGUAAAGAAAUGAAGUUUUUUUCUGUCUUGUCUGUUUGUAUGCACCUUACUCUGCUGCGUUGUUGCUGUUUGCCGUAUCAGUCACUCAGCUCUGUGCUGUAACUUAUGUUUUGAUGUGUUGAAUCUAUAAUCAUAAGAAGCUGGUUUAAUUCUGUCUGCUGUCACAGUKGUGUUGGUUAAAAAAAAAGUAUAUCGAUUGUAUUAAUGUGAGUUUUUUUUCAGGGUGUGCUUUUUAUGACACAAAUAAAAGCUCUUAUGUAAUAUAGAUUCAAUAUUUACCUUAGCUUUGUCUGUGUUUUAAUUAGCUGUUUUGAAGGCAGUGUUUCAUCCAAGUUGAGUUUUGUGCACAAGUUUUUCAGUUAAAAGUUUUUUUUUUUGUUUGUUUAUGUAUUCUGUGCGUUGGACCAUCUUUGUGAAAUUGACACUUUAACUCAUGCAUGUUCCCAAAGACGUCCCAGAUUUGUCUGCUAAUGUUUGCAGUAUGAAGCAACAGAUUUAAAACCUCCUAUGUUUGCUGUACCGUUCAACUGUUGAUGUUUGUUCCUGAAAUUUAUAAUCCACAAUAAAGAGAAGGUUGUGUAGA